AUCAUUAUCAUAUGCAAUGCUUUGUCUCUUUCUAAAAUCUCGAAUCUUUAAGCUCUCUUCAAAGCCCGUCUUCCGCAGAUGUCUAUUGGAACCUUUAUUUCCUGCAAAAGGGUGGUACAAUUGGAUUAUAUAUCAAACUGCUGGGGAAAUUCAAGAAGCCGGUUGUUUGUAACCAAUGAUGUUCUACAAAGUGAAAGCUAAGGAGGGUUUUUUGGAGGACAAGAGCUAGCGUUGAUGUUGAGGAGAUGAGGGCCAAACUCAGUGGAUCACUACAAGAUGGAUGAACUGGCAAGAUUUCCUCUUCCAGAUUACCAUGGUUUUCAACAGCCUGGAUGGGUUAAGACAUUUCUUUGUCAGGCGUCCGUGACAUCUAGAGGAAACAACAGAAACGAUGAUCUCAAUGUCUUUGUGCAACAGAGCUAUGCCAAAGGCAAGUCCUCAGCUGCAAGGAAUGCUUACUACUCUUCCUUUACUCAGUCAAUUACUUGGCAAAUGAAAUCCAGUCAAAAUGUGGAUAGAGUUGGAGAAGCCGUGUCCAAGGAAGUGAACACAGAAGAAUCGGCUUUCAGCAAGAGGAGAAAGACAGAGACCGAGACCGGCUGAGCUUUCUAUUGCAUCACGCGGAAAUAAAAUGGUUUUUUAAUUCGCGAGAGAUCAUGAAUCUGUGUCGUAAGUUGUUUGUUUCUAUAUGUUGUGUUUGAAGUUUAUUGUAGUCUUGAGUUGUUUUUGAGCCUCAGUACAACUUUCUAUUCACAUGUACAUUGUGACGUGAUAUAAAAUCUUUCUUGAUCA